UUGCAGACAUGGAUAGCAGUGGAGGUCCAAGCUUGUUUCCGUUGCAACGCUGCAAAACUCUUCACCUGGUGAGGCAUGCACAAGGGAUUCAUAACGUAGAUGGAGAUAAGAACUACAAAGCAUACAUGUCUCCUGAAUACUUUGAUGCACACCUUACUCCACUCGGCUGGCAACAGGUUGAUAAUUUGCGUAAACAUGUUCAUGCAUGUGGGCUUUCCAAGAGGGUUGAUCUAGUUAUCACGUCCCCAUUGCUAAGGACCAUGCAAACAGCUGUUGGAGUAUUUGGUGGUGAUGGCUAUACAGAUAGGAUGGAUAUAGUACCACUAAUGGUGGCAAAUGCAGGAAAUAGUGACCGUGCUGCAAUUUCAAGUCUAAAUUCUCCACCUAUUGUUGCUUUGGAACUUUGUCGAGAGCAUUUGGGUGUUCAUCCUUGUGACAAGAGGAGAAGCAUCAGUGAAUAUCAAUGCCUUUUCCCCUCAGUUGACUUUUCGCUGAUAGAAAGUGAUGAGGAUAUAUUAUGGAAGGCCAAUGUUAGAGAGACGAAGGAAGAACUUGCAGCAAGGGGAAUGAAGUUCAUGAAUUGGUUGUGUACACGGGAAGAGAAGGAGAUAGCUAUAGUAACUCAUAGUGGGUUCUUGUUUCAUACACUUGGUGCAUUUGGCAAUGACUGUCACCCAUUGGUGAAAAAAGAAAUUUGCAAACAUUUUGCUAAUUGUGAGCUUCGUUCUAUGGUCAUUGUGGACAGAAGCAUGAUAGGGUCGGAUUCCUCAACAACUAAUUAUCCAGGAAAGAUUCCUUCCGGGCCAGAUCUUCCAAGCAGUGUCGUGGAUGAGAAGAACUUGGGGAAAGAUGAGCCCAAUUCCGGGUUACAUUAAUAAGGAAUGUUGAAUUGAUGUGAUUCAGAGGUGAAAAUAGAAAUAGAUUUGGGUGAAUGCCAAUUUUUUCAGAUGAUUUGAUUAUAUGUAUGCUUACGAUGUUUGCUGUUUUGGAUUUAAUGAGGGCUAUCCAAAAUUAGCUUACAAAGAGUGAUUUAGUAAUGCUAAGGAAGAGAAUGAGAUGCAUUUACAGUAGUUUAUCAAUUCCUUUCAGAUCCAAAAAGGGUGCCAUUUAGUCAUACCACGCCCAACUCGACUCAUUUAUAGUCGUGUUCAACCAACACACAUCUCGUGUUGUAUGCAUGUCAAACAAAUUU